AUGACUCGCGCAAUAAUCCUCGUGCUGCUAUUCUGCUCGCUAUCGUCAUGUCAGUCUUCUUCGGCGGCGACGCCGUCACUGACACCGCUUCCAACAGUGGGUCCUACUCCGUUCCCUUUCACCCCGACUCCGUUCGCUCCUACCCCUUUUACCCCGACUCCAUUUGCUCCAUCCCCUUUCGCCCCAGGUUUCAAUAACCGCUUCAAUUAUCCGUACAAUCCACAAGCAGGACCAGCUGUUCCUAUUCUCUCGUUUACCAAUGACCAUGGCGCGGCAGGAACUUAUUCGUACAGUUUUACGACUGCUGAUGGCAAGCAAGCGCAGGAGAGUGGCUUCUUAAAGGAUGCCUAUAUUGAUAACAACGGCGAGCCUCAAGGGACUCAGGUGGUUCAGGGUAGUUACGCCUAUGUAGCACCGGAUGGUACUCCAAUUCAAGUGAGCUAUGUUGCAGAUGAAAAUGGAUUCAGACCAUCAGGUGUUCACAUUCCCGCAGACGGCAAAGCGAUCGUUCCUCCGGUUGUACCUCCCAUUCCCGGCGUUCCUCCCGUCCCACUCGUAGAUGGCAAGAUUGACCCCACCCACAACAGAUAUCAUCACUUCUACAACAAUGGCUAUAAUCGCCCUUACGACCCUAGGUAUCCUUAUGACCCUCGCUACCCAUACAAUUCUUUAUACAACCCUUACAACAAUUUCAGUAACGGUUUGAUUAGCAACAAAGCGCCUAAUAAAGAGACAACCAAGAAGGAGACGUCAUAA